GGCAGAUGAAAGCAAUGAUAGCGCAGUGUUACUCACCACGCUGGAGAGAUGCGCGAGUCCCACUUCUAUUCUGAGCGUGAUGUCGAGCAUCGAAGGUCCGUGGGCUUUCGUGUACUGGCAGCACGAUGAGAGGAGACUGUGGUUCGGUAGAGACGUUUUUGGGCGACGCAGCUUGCUCCUCCAUCUCCCCGACCACGAAGGAGAUCAUCUGCAGCUGUGCUCCGUGGCGGAGAAGCCAUCGCGUGAUUCUCCUACGCACAAGAGCCCUCCUGCCUGCGACCGUUCCCAUGGCGACGACCUCUCCGCGACCUUUCCCGCCUCCGACUUCCUCCCGCUGCGGUUGGUCGUCGGCGAGGCGGUGGCGUCGCGGGUCGGGGCCCCGGAGGCGCGCGUCCCGCUGGCGGGGGACGCCGCGUGGGUUGAGAGGACGGAGGAGGGGCUCCGGAGGGGCGGCGACGGCGUGUCGCUGGGUUCAUGCGUCGACGCGGCCGCGCAGACAACCGCGGGGGAGCUGGAGGGGGUGCUGGCGGAGGCCGUGCGGGUACGCGUGCACCGCCAGGGGGCGCCGUGCCCCGCCUGCGCCGCCGCGAGACUCCGCCGGGUGGCAGACGACAAUGGGCAGAGCGACGAUGCACGUUCGUCAGUCCAAGGACGUGCAAAAGUCGUUUGCGGACACGCCAAGGUCGCGGUGUUGUUCUCCGGUGGUCUGGAUUCGGCUGUUAUCGCCGCGCUUGCUGACCGGUUUGUACCGGCUGGAGAACCUAUAGAUCUGUUGAAUGUUGCCUUUGAGCUGCGAAGCAACAGCGCUGCAAACACAAACGCAAGGAAAGCGAAGAACAAGCCGCGCAGCGAGGAGGAGAGCUCCGAGGGAGAUGCCGGCGGGGGCAGUCGGGACACGGAGGAGAGGAACUUUGCGGUUCCCGACAGGGAGACCGGGAAGCUGGUGCUUGGGGAGCUACGGCGUAUCUCCCCCACGCGGCCGUGGAACUUUGUGAUGAUUGACGUCACGAAGGAGGAACUACGGAGGAAGCGGGCCGAGAUUAUUUCGCACCUCGUGUAUCCGUUGGACACGGUGCUGGACGACAGCAUAGGUUGCGCCAUCUGGUUUGCUGCUCGAGGCGUGGGACGCGUUGUCAUGGAGACGGGUGCGACGGAAAUUUACCGAAGCCUGGCCAGGGUGGUGCUAGUGGGCAUGGGAGCAGACGAACAGCUGGCUGGUUAUUCUCGGCAUAGAACGAAAUACAGAGAGAGCGGCUGGUCGGGUCUCGUACGCGAGGUGGAGAUGGAGGUGUCACGGAUCAGCGAGAGAAACCUGGGACGAGAUGACAGAAUCAUCUGUGAUCACGGCAAGGAGGCAAGGUUCCCCUUCCUCGAUGAAAAUGUUGUGUCUUUCCUCAACUCACUGCCCAUGUGGAAAAAGGCCCUCCUCUCUCUCCCGCGGGGCGUCGGGGAGAAGCUGCUCCUGCGGCUCGUCGCGGAGAAUCUCGGGCUUCCUCUCGCUGCGCGGCUUCCCAAGCGAGCAAUCCAGUUCGGCUCUCGCAUCGCCAAGCUGGAGAACAGCAGGGAGAAAGCCUCGGAUGUGUGCGCUCGCUUAAAGACAGAGAAGGAGAAAGGAAAGGAGGAGGAGGAGGGGAAAGCCUCAGACGUGUGCGCUCGCUUAAAGACAGAGGAGGAGGGGGAGGAGGAGGAGGAGGGGAAAGCCUCGGAUGUGUGCGCUCGCUUAACGACAGAGGAGGAAGGGGAAGAGGAGGAGGAGGGGAAAGCCUCGAAUGUGUGCGCUCGCUUAAAGACAGAGAAGGAGGAGGGGAAGGAGGAAGAGGAGGAGAAAGCCUUAGACGUGUGCGCUCACUUAAAGACAGAGCAGGAGGAGGGGGAGGAGGAGGGGAAGGAGACCAGCAGGGAGAGGGCCUCGGAUGUGUGCGCUCGCUUAAAGACAGAGAAGGGAGAGGGCCUCGGAUGUUACGUACAGAAUCUGGUAGAAUUCCCAGAAUCGAGGGACCUCUAA